AUGCUAAUUUAUGGUGGACCAUAUGGAGACAACGACAGCAUUGUUGUAUGUGCUGGGACGGGGAACAAGCUGAGCACACUGUCGGACCUGGAGCAGCAGUAUCGCACCCUGAGGAAAUACUACGAGAACUGUGAAGUUGUAAUGGGAAACCUGGAGAUCACAAGCAUUGACCGCAGUCGGGACCUCACCUUCCUCAGAUCUAUCCGAGAAGUGACGGGCUACGUCCUGGUGGCUUUGAACCAGUUUGAUUACCUGCCUUUGGAAAACUUGAGGAUCAUUCGUGGAACCGAGCUGUACGAGGACCGCUACUCCCUUGCAAUCUUCCUCAAUUACAGGCGAGAUGGAAACUUUGGCCUGCGGCAGUUGGGUCUAAGAAACCUGACAGCUUGCUAUGAAUUAAUGGAUGCUUCAGUGCUAAAUUUGAUGCAUCGUAUGGACUACUGUAUCAGUUCUAACAGUGUCAUAUUUCUCUAUUCUGCAGAGAUUCUUAGUGGGGGUGUAUAUGUGGACCAGAACAAGUUCCUCUGCCAUGCAGACACAAUCCAUUGGCAAGAUAUCGUCAAGAAUCCUCGUCUCCAUCCUGUCGUGGUGCCCACCAACAGCAGUGUCACAUGUCAAAAGUGCCAUCGGUCCUGUAACGGCCGUUGCUGGGGCCCUAAGGAGGACCAGUGUCAAAGCUUAACUAAGACGGUGUGUGCUGAACAGUGUGACGGGCGCUGCUUCGGCCCCUAUGUUAGUGACUGCUGCCAUCGUGAGUGUGCAGGUGGCUGCUAUGGACCAAAGGACACGGACUGUUUUGCCUGCACCAACUUCAACGACAGUGGGGCAUGUGUUACCCAGUGCCCCCAGCCAUUUGUCUACAACCCAACGACUUUCCAACUGGAACACAACCCUGCGGCAAAGUACACCUAUGGAGCUUUUUGUGUCAAGAAGUGUCCACAUAACUUUGUGGUGGACCAUAGCUCCUGUGUCAGGGCUUGUCCUAGUAACAAAAUGGAGGUGGAGGAGAACCGUGUUAAGAUGUGCAUCCCAUGUACUGACAUCUGCCCGAAGGCAUGUGAUGGAAUAGGUACAGCCAGCCUGCAGGCAGCUCAGACUGUGGAUUCCAACAACAUUGACAAGUUUGUCAACUGCACCAAAAUCAAUGGAAACCUGGUGUUUCUGAUCACUGGAAUAAAAGGAGACGUCUAUCACAACAUUGAAGCUUUGGACCCAGAAAAACUAAACGUAUUCCGCACCGUCCGUGAGAUUACUGGGUACCUUAACAUCCAGUCUUGGCCAGACAACAUGACUGACUUGAAUGUUUUCUCCAACCUGGCAACUAUUGGGGGACGAGCGCUCUACAGUGGGAUUUCGCUGCUGGUGUUAAAGCAGCAGGGCAUCUCAUCACUGCAGCUUCAGUCGUUAAGAGAGAUCAGUGCUGGGAACGUCCACAUUGCAGAGAACAGCCAGCUUUGCUAUUACAACACUGUCAACUGGACGAAAUUGUUCCGUGCUGUGAACCAAAAGGUCCUGAUCCGUAACAACCGAAGCCCAUCGGAGUGCUCCAGGGAGCGUCUGGUUUGCGACCCGCUGUGUUCAGACGCUGGAUGUUGGGGUCCCGGCCCAGACCAGUGCCUGUCCUGCCGAUAUUUCAGUCGUGGGAGAACCUGUGUGGAUUCUUGCAACCUUUAUGAAGGGGAUAUCCGAGAGUAUGCCAAUGGGUCAGUGUGCGUGGAAUGUGAUGCCCAGUGUGAGCGAGCAGAUGAUGAUUCUUUGACCUGUCAUGGGCCGGUGUAUUGGGCCAAGACUCCAAGAUUGCAUUGGCUGGAUGGACAGGUAUUAUAAACUCCUUUAAUUGCAGCUGGAGUGAUUGGCUGCCUCUUCAUGGUUGUGAUCCUCAUACUGAGCAUUGCCGUUUCUGUGCGCCGGAAGAACAUUAAAAAGAAGAGGGCCCUUCGUCGCUUCCUGGAAACAGAGGUAAGUGGUAAAGCAGAUGGAUGGAAACAUGAGUUUGUGUACAUUGCACAAAGAGGUAAUGAAAUGCAGCCGACCAUGAACCAGUUUAGCUGCCAGGAUCCCAGUAUCAGCAUUGAAGACAUGUUGGCCUCCCUCCCCAGAGUGGUUUCACCCGUCUCUGGAAGCGGUCUCCCUCCACAGGAACUUGCCUCAGGGGGGCAGAUUGGUGUUGGUUUUGGCCGUGGCAGCCAGGAUGACCAGCGCUGCAAUGGCACUCUAAGGAAGCAGGUCUCUCCGAGGUCCAGCACCCUUGGAGUGGGUUCAAUUCUCACAGUGGGACAAGGGGCUGCUGCAGCCCCCAAAAGCCAGGGCGCCCAUGGUGAUGAUGAGUACAUCAACGAGCCGCUGUACCUGAAUACAUUCCUCAACCCCGGGGACAAAAAUGGGUUGGCUGGAGCUAUUUCCAUUUCUGCCUCUACGUCCUCUGCCGCCCAAUCAGUCCUGCAGACAGCCAACCCAUCAACAACCAGCCACAACGUUUCCUCCUCCGGAUACGUGCUAACCCCGGGGCACCUUCCCCACCCAUCAUAUCCAUCACACACCUUGCAUCCGGGCCAUUCGGGACACGCUCUACACUCAGGCAUCACCAGCAGCACUAUCAUGUUCGAUAAGAAAGGCAAGAAAGCCACUUUUGACAAUCCCGAGUACUGGCAGCACAGUCUCCCUCCAAAGUCCUCACUGCACAACCCAGAGUACCUGCAGGACUGCAGCACACGCUUCUUCUAUCGACAGAAUGGACGCAUUCGCCCUGCCGUGGCAGAAAACCAGGAGUACUUGUCUGAGGCUGCUAUGAAAGCUGGAAAUGUAUUGCCACCCCCUCCAUACCGGCAGAGAAACACGGUGGUGUGA